AACCUAAACAAAACAGGCAAAUGUGCGCUAAUUAUCGAAUAUUCUCGACCCAACGUUGACAAAAAGUCUUUUAAAGAAGAAUUUAGACACUUAUCAAGAUGAAACGUUCGAUAUAAAGUAUAACACGACGUGGUUUUCGGUUGUUUUAUGACACAUUUGUUUUUUUUUACUAUAUAUGGUAUAAAUUGAACGACAUUCAAGGUCGUUGCGAAUGACUCCUUAUUUAUUGAAUAAUCACGAUUUGUUUGUACACAUUUUCAAUUGAAAGUUGUGGUUGAUGACCGUCAUUCAAGGCUGCGUUUCAUAUCCCAAUCUAAGAAGUAAAGACAAAUGUCCGGAACAAUUAGUUGUUAGAACUUAUAACAUUUUUAGAAUCGCUCUAAGCGACCGCAAAUUUUCUUCGGUAUCCGCAUUUAGCAUCGUCAAGAGGGUGGGUAGUAUCUUCUCCGCGACGGCCGUCGUCGUCGUCGGUCUAUUCUUGGAGGUAGUGGGGACGCACGGCCACGAUAAGCGCCCGGUAAGGAGCCAAACGUAAACUGAUAGCACCUCCGUGGUUCGUAAGUCAUAACGUUCGACUUUAGUCGCUCCGAGACCGUGUCCAGUGUCAACGGGUAACUCGUACUUUGGGGUUUUUUUGAAUAUCGUACGCGCGAAACUAAUAUUCAUCCAACAUGGACGCGAUCAAGAAGAAGAUGCAAGCGAUGAAGCUUGAAAAAGAUAACGCGUUAGACCGCGCCGCCCACAACGAACAACUUGCCAAAGAUGCCAAUCUACGUGCCGAAAAGGCCGAAGAAGAAGCUCGUUCUCUUCAAAAGAAAAUCCAGACUAUUGAGAAUGACCUCGACCAAACACAAGAACAACUCACUCAAGUUAAUGGAAAACUUGAGGAAAAAGAAAAGGCCCUCCAGAACGCUGAAUCUGAAGUAGCCGCGCUCAAUCGUCGUAUUCAAUUAUUGGAAGAGGAUUUGGAACGUUCCGAGGAACGUUUAGCCACAGCUACAGCUAAAUUGGCGGAAGCCUCGGCGGCCGCCGAUGAAAGCGAAAGGAUACUCAAAGCAUUAGAAAAUAAAACAAAUAUGGAAGACGACAGGGUGUCUCAUUUGGAACAGCAGCUGACACAAGCGAAACUAAUAGCGGAGGAAGCUGAUAAAAAAUACGAAGAGGCCGCUCGGAAAUUGGUUUUGAUGGAACAAGACCUCGAAAGGGCGGAAGAAAGGGCCGACCACAGCGAACACAAAAUUGUAGAACUUGAAGAAGAACUUCGUGUAGUAGGAAACAACUUGAAAUCCCUCGAAGUAUCUGAGGAAAAAGCCAAUCAACGCGAAGAAGAAUACAAAAAUCAAAUAAAGAACUUGACCACUCGCCUAAAGGAGGCUGAAGCUAGAGCCGAAUUUGCUGAACGUUCAGUCCAGAAACUCCAAAAGGAAGUCGACAGAUUAGAAGACGACCUUUUGCUGGAAAAAGAAAAGAACAAAAUGCUCGCUGAUGAGAUGGAGGCUACUUUGCACGAUAUCCAAAAUAUGUAAAAAAAAAAAUUAUCACACGUAUAUACACAAAAAAUUGUAAAACACCGAGAUAAAAAAAAAGGCCGGCCUUCACUAACGCAUUCCCGUCUAAGAUUUUGCAUUCCAUUAAACGGAUAAAUCACUCGAUUUAAUUUUCUUUUUUGUUUUUUUUUCUGGAAAAAUCACCCCCACUCCGCCCCCCACCGGUCGAAAAUUAAUUUUCAAAUGCCAUUUUUUCGAUAUAAAUUUUUUAUUGGAUUAAAUUAUUCAUAUGCUGAAUUACGAAAUUUUCAAUACGGUGUUGCCGAAGCGUGAAAAAAUGAUGGAGAUUCAAAGAAAAAAUUUGAAUACGAAAUUAUUUUCUAUUAUUCAAAUUAUUCGUUUGCCGAUUAAAUUGUUGGAAAUUGUGUUGAAAAAUGAAAAAAAAAACGAAAUUUCUUAUACAGCGUUGUCUAAAUGUUGGAAAAAAAGUGAUAUUUAAAGAAAAAUACAAAUUGAAAAGUUUAUAUUUAAAUUUACGAAUAUUUUUCAUUUAAUUGAAUUUACCUAUUCAAAUGACGAAUAAAUUUGUGCAAAAAUUGUGUUAAAACAAGAAAAAAUACGAAAAUUCGUAACGCGGUGUUGCCAAAAUGUCGAAAAUAAUUGAGAUUCAAAGAAAGUUUAGUUUUUUCAAUUAGAUUUAUUCAAAUUAUCAAUUUUCCGUGAAAAAUUACGUUAAAACAAGAAAAAAUUCGUAACGCGGUGUUGCCAAAAUGUCAAAAAUAAUCGAGAUUCAAAGAAAGUUUAGUUUUCAAUAUAAUUUAUUCAAAUUAUCAAUUUUCGGUGAAAAAUUACGUUAAAACAAGAAAAAAUACGAAAAUUCGUAACGCGGUGUUGCCAAAAUGUCAAAAAUAAUCGAGAUUCAAAGAAAGUUUUUUUUUUUAAUAAAAUUUAUUCAAAUUAUCGAUUUUCCGUAAAAAAUUACGUUAAAACAAGAAAAAAUUCGAAAAUUCGUAACGCGGUGUUGCCAAAGUGUCAAAAAUAAUCGAGAUUCAAAGAAAGUUUAGUUUUCAAUAUAAUUUAUUCAAAUUAUCAAUUUUCGGUGAAAAAUUACGUUAAAACAAGAAAAAAUACGAAAAUUCGUAACGCGGUGUUGCCAAAAUGUCAAAAAUAAUCGAGAUUCAAAGAAAGUUUUUUUUUUAAUAAAUUUUAUUCAAAUUAUCGAUUUUCCGUAAAAAAUUACGUUAAAACAAGAAAAAAUUCGAAAAUUCAUAACGCGGUGUUGCCAAAAUGUCAAAAAUAAUCGAGAUUCAAAGAAAGUUUUUUUUUUAAUAAAAUUUAUUCAAAUUAUCGAUUUUCCGUAAAAAAUUACGUUAAAACAAGAAAAAAUUCGAAAAUUCGUAACGCGGUGUUGCCAAAAUGUCAAAAAUAAUCGAGAUUCAAAGAAAGUUUUUUUUUUAAUAAAAUUUAUUCAAAUUAUCAAUUUUCCGUGAAAAAUUACGUUAAAACAAGAAAAAAUUCGAAAAUUCCUAACGCGGUGUUGCCAAAAUAUCAAAAAUAAUCGAGAUUCAAAGAAAGUUUUUUUUUAAUAAAAUUUAUUCAAAUUAUCAAUUUUCGAUGUAAAAUUACGUUAAAACAAGAAAAAAUACGAAAAUUCGUAACGCGGUGUUGCCAAAGUGUCAAAAAUAAUCGAGAUUCAAAGAAAGUUUUUUUUUUUAAUAAAAUUUAUUCAAAUUAUCGAUUUUCCGUAAAAAAUUACGUUAAAACAAGAAAAAAUUCGAAAAUUCGUAACGCGGUGUUGCCAAAAUGUCAAAAAUAAUCGAGAUUCAAAGAAAGUUUUUUUUUUAAUAAAAUUUAUUCAAAUUAUCAAUUUUCCGUGAAAAAUUACGUUAAAACAAGAAAAAAUUCGAAAAUUCCUAACGCGGUGUUGCCAAAAUAUCAAAAAUAAUCGAGAUUCAAAGAAAGUUUUUUUUUAAUAAAAUUUAUUCAAAUUAUCAAUUUUCGAUGUAAAAUUACGUUAAAACAAGAAAAAAUACGAAAAUUCGUAACGCGGUGUUGCCUAAAUUUGAAAAAAAAUCUGCUUUGAAAAAAAUUCAAAUACGAAAUUGCGAAAUUUUUCCAACAAAAUUAUUUAACUCAUUCAUUUCCCGUAUAAAUUGAAAAAAAAAUUGUGUAAAAGCAAAAGAAUACUAAAUACAGUGUUGCCUAAGUAUUUGAAAAUAUUGAGAUUUAAUGAAAAAAUUCAAAUACGACAUUUUAUGUUAUUUUUCCAAUUCAAUUACCAAUUUUCCGUAAAAAAUUAUGAGAUUUAAAGAAAAAUUCAAAUUUUUUGUUCCAAACCGAUAAAUUCGUAAUUAUUUCAAAAAAAAAUGACACAAAUUAUUGAAAUUCACGUCGAGGUUGAUAUAAAACAACUUUUACGAUGAUAACGUCAUUUUUUACAAAUUGUUUGGCGGCAAUAUACAAAAAACGAAUUUAUAUCCAAAAAAUGGCAUUUAAAAGACGCGAAAAUAAUUAUUGGUGCUUAGAUAUCCGUAUUAGCUUUGUUUGUAUUUAAAGAGGCGUUGAUCUCUGAAUUAUUGCAAUAUCUGUAGGAUCAACACUGCCAUUGGUCGAAAGUUACUUCUUCGGUUGAAAAAAAUAAAAAAAUAUUUAUCGGUUCAUAAUUUUGUAUAUUGUACAUUUUUAUACAUUAGCGAAUUUUUGUAAUGCAAAUAAAUUUGCGAAUUUUUUUUUAAUCGAUUCUUCCAAGCAAGCGGCGAUUCAACUUCUCGUCGAAACGUAUAUUUGAAGAAUCUUUUUUCUUAACAAAAAAAAAAUUCGUAUAUUUAAUAUUCCUUGUUCAUAAAGGACCCAUCCACGACGUUCGAUUUCUAUUAAUUUAUUUUUAUUAUUGUUUAAUUUAAGUAAAAAAAUUCGCUCUAGAAAAAAAAGGGUUUCGGUGACAGUUAUUGAUUUGGUUCCUUUAUUCACAAGUUUGUUCUUUUCGUACGAGUUUUUUCUUUCAAAUAAUUAUUAAUUAAAUUAUGAAGUCUAGCCUAAAAGCCUGUUUAUAUUCUAAUAUUUACUAUGUAUUUUAUUUAGUUAUAUAAAAAAAAUUUUAAUUCAAU